UUCCGCAGACAGGUCGCGCAGUAUAAAUACUGCGUGCACCCGGGCGAAGCAAAAUGAGCCCCGACGUCCGGCUACCGCUACAUGAUCCCUGUGAGAAGGAUGCUGCAACAAGCUCUCAGAGUAUCCGGCCGGAGCGCCUUCCCUCUGCUGAAGUGGAUGGAGAGGUGGGCUGAGGGCGCAUCCGCCAAGCCGCAGGCACUGAGGACCCUGGACGACAUGCCGGGUCCGUCGGUCGGGAGAUUCGCCUGGGACUUGUUCGCCAGGCGUGGGCUGUCGCGGCUGCACGAGUUACAGGUGGAAGGAGUGCAGCGGUAUGGGCCCAUGUGGAAGGCCAGCUUCGGCCCCAUCCUGACAGUUCAUGUGGCGGAUCCAGUGCUCAUUGAGCAGGUGCUGAGGCAGGAGGGCCAGCACCCCAUGCGCUCUGACCUGUCCUCCUGGAAGGACUACAGGAAGCUCAGAGAUCACCACUACGGGCUCCUGACAGCUGAGGGGGAGGAGUGGCAGUCGGUGAGGAGCCUCUUGGGGAAGCAUAUGCUGCGGCCAAAAGCAGUCGAAGCCUACGAUAAAACCCUGAAUGCCGUGGUCAGUGACCUGAUUGCCAAACUUCGCCUUUGCAGACGCUCUCAGGGCCUCGUCUCUGACAUCGCCAGCGAGUUCUACCGCUUUGGCCUUGAGGGUAUUUCCUCAGUAUUGUUUGAAUCCAGAAUCGGUUGCCUGGAUGAAGUUGUCCCAGAAGAGACGGAGCGUUUCAUACAGUCGAUCAACACCAUGUUUGUAAUGACGCUUCUCACAAUGGCGAUGCCAAAGUGGUUGCACCGGCUGUUUCCAAAACCCUGGAACAUCUUCUGUCAGUGCUGGGACUACAUGUUUGACUUUGCAAAAGGUCACAUUGACCAGCGUUUGACGUCUGAAGCAGAGAAGGUUGCCUGUGGAGAGGAGGUGGAGGGCCGCUACCUCACCUACUUCCUGUCGCGGACCGGUCUGCCAAUGAAAACUGUCUACAGCAACGUCACAGAGCUGCUUAUUGCAGGAGUCGACACAAUCUCCAGCACCAUGUCCUGGUCGUUGUAUGAGCUGUCCCGCCACCCCGAGGUGCAGGCGUCGCUCCGGGACGAGGUGUUAAGCGUGCUGGAGGGCCGACGCGUAGCAGAGGCAAAGGAUGUGGCCCAAAUGCCUCUCCUGAAGGCCACAGUCAAAGAAGUGCUCAGGUUGUACCCGGUUAUUCCUGCCAAUGCAAGAGUCAUUACAGAGAGAGACAUCCAGGUUGGAGGCUAUCUCAUCCCUAAAAAUACUCUGAUUACCCUGUGCCACUUUGCGACAUCGCGGGAUCCAGCGGUGUUUCCAAAGCCAGAUGAAUUCCAUCCACAUCGAUGGUUGAACAAGGACCAGACUCACCACCCGUAUGCUUCAGUACCAUUUGGGGUGGGAAAACGCAGCUGCAUAGGUCGACGUAUCGCUGAGCUGGAACUCUACCUUGCUCUUACCAGGAUUCUCAUAGAGUUCAACGUGAAGCCGAACCCAGACGGGAUUUCCGUGAAGCCCAUGACGCGUACGCUCCUGGUUCCUGAAAAUGUCAUUAGCCUCCAGUUUAUUGAACGAUGACCCACUGUCCUUUGCUAAUCUAUUACACACACACAAGAACGUGAGUCUCUUCGCAGAACAGAGCGCGAGCAGAGAAGAGUUAUCGCAGUAAACGAGAGCCUGUUGCAUGCAGUCAGACCUUUGACCUUCGACACAACAAAGGCCAAAGCGUGUGGAGGCUAUCGUGUGGAGAAGGAUAAAUUAGUGAGGGAUAAACGGGAAUGGAACCACAUUUCACCACUGACGCUUUACUCUGGAAGCAAUGUAACUCCAAAUGUAAUGCUGUGGGGGUUUUUUAGACUGAAGUCACCAUUGACAAACUUUUUACACAGAGGCCAAGGUCAAGCCAAUGAUCACCGUCAGUAUGUUUUAUGCUUGUGUCAGACCAUGUUGCAUGUCGUAGAAUUUUCGUAGAAAGUUUGUAUUUUAAGCUGAUAGUUUAUUUUCAAAUAACCCCUUCCAUACUACAAUUAUGGUCUGUAAUCUUGUACACUCAUACGUGUAUUUAUCAUUUCUUUUGGGUUCUGUACAGGCAAAUAUUUAAUUGCAUUAGUGUUUCUUUGUAUAAGUCUAAUAUACACAUUGGGCUGUAAAAGAUUUAAGUGUUGAGUUGUUGAGUGUUCAGUCUUUUUUCAGCCGGAAUUGAGUUUCUGUGAGAGUUUUGUGUAAAUAUGAUGUUGCAAAUAUUGAUCAAAGUGUAUUUGAUACGGUGCUUAUGUUGAACUUUUAGUGAUAGGCUCCUCUUUUGUAAAACGGCAGCUGUUUAAUGUCCCUGUGUAGGAAUGCAUGGUGCCACUGUUUAAAAUCUCAAACGUUGACUACUUUGCACCCUGCUAUGUCUGUAUUGUUUUCAAAUGUAAAUAUGUCAAAUUCAGCAGCGCAGCACAAUGCGAUUUUAGUCUUUUGUUUUCUUGCUUAUUAUAAGUGAUGUACCACCACUUUGUAAAUACAAUACGCUUCAGUAUCUGAACUCUGUAUUUGUUAUAUUUUAAAAUGUUUAAACUGUUUUGAAGGUGUCAUUAAAUGGUUUCAAGUUUGA